UCGAUUUUUAAUUACUACCAUUAAAAAAAUCAAAUUUGCAAUUCUUUGGGUGGCCUGAUGGAUUCCCUGAUUGACAGCCGGAAUUGACACUCUGGGUACCUCUUAUCUCGGGCAUUUACGGCAAUUUCUAAUUGCAGGUAGUUUGUGGGGUUUUUUCAGCGCUUUGGCUCGCAUGGGAACCGAGCGAUUACUUCAAGAGGCCCGGGUUAAGUGCAGGCAGGGAGAGAAUUCAAUCCACAUUCAAAUUGCUUCAUUAAAAAGACGCAGCUUUUGUUGCAAAGGAUUUAAAUGGCCACUAGAAAGUUCUUAUUUAUUGUUUUGAGGCGGUUUAUAUAGGGUGCCCGGCGCUCACCCGGCGCAUGGAGCCGCAGCCUCCCUCUCCCGCUCUCUCCCGCAAGGUGAUGCCGCCGGAGCCGCUGCCCAAGGGGAGCGCCCGCUGCCUCGACCCGCACGCCCGCGCCAUGUCGCAGCCCGACGGGGAGCCGCUGCCCGGUGCCCUGGAAAAGGAGGACGCCCGCUCGGCACCCAGCACGCCCUCCACGCCGUCCGUCUGCUCCCCGCCAUCCUCCUCCUCCUCCACGCCGUCGGCCGGCAAGAACGUCUGCUCCAGCUGCGGGCUGGAGAUCCUCGACCGGUACCUGCUCAAGGUGAACAACCUCAUCUGGCACGUCCGCUGCCUGGAGUGCUCCGUGUGCCGCACCUCGCUGAGGCAGCAGCACAGCUGCUACAUCAAGAACAAGGAGAUCUUCUGCAAGAUGGACUACUUCAGCCGAUUUGGUACAAAGUGUGCCCGCUGCGGCAGGCAGAUCUACGCCAGCGACUGGGUGCGGCGAGCGCGGGGCAACGCCUACCACCUCGCCUGCUUCGCCUGCUUCUCCUGCAAGCGGCAGCUCUCCACCGGCGAGGAGUUUGGCUUGGUGGAGGAGAAGGUGCUGUGCCGGAUUCACUACGACACCAUGAUAGAGAACCUCAAGCGAGCGGCAGAAAACGGCAAUGGGAUCACGCUGGAGGGGGCUGUGCCCUCAGAGCAGGACAGCCAGCCGAAGCCAGCCAAGAGGGCCCGCACCUCCUUCACCGCCGAGCAGCUGCAGGUCAUGCAGGCACAGUUUGCUCAGGACAACAACCCCGAUGCACAAACGCUUCAGAAGCUGGCGGACAUGACGGGGCUGAGCCGGAGAGUCAUUCAGGUUUGGUUUCAAAACUGCAGAGCCCGCCAUAAAAAACACACCCCCCAGCACACAGUGCCACCCUCGGGAGCCCCCCCAUCCCGCAUCCCUUCCUCGCUCUCUGAUGACAUUCACUACUCGCCCUUCAGCAGCCCAGAGCGGGCCCGGAUGGUGACGCUGCACGGAUACAUAGAGAGUCAGGUACAGUGUGGACAAGUGCACUGUAGACUUCCCUACACUGCUCCACCAGUGCACCUCAAAGCAGACAUGGAAGGACCACUAUCUAAUAGGGGUGAGAAGGUCAUCCUCUUUCAGUACUGACGGCGCGAACUCUUCCUCAUCUGCCCAUGGCGCUACCAGCACCACUGCCCCUCAGCCGCUGAAACACAGCGUCCAGCCCAAGGCAACGGUUAUCACUCAUGCAGGAGAAACUCAGAUCCAGCAUUCUCAGUUAUUUUCAUUGACCAGCAUCUAUCAUCCACUAUUAUUUCUCCAGCAACACUCUGUGUAUGUGUGUGUUGAGUGCAGAGUUACAUUUUUCACUUGUUUCUUGUGGACUUGUAGAAUGACCAUGAGUAUCUCCAAGGCAAUGCCAGACACAGUCAAAAUUAAUGACUCUACUGUGCUUGCAAAUCUUGCUCUCAAACCCAUGGGAAUAUGAGCAAACCAGAACAUGCUGAGUCUCGGGGGGGGGGGUCGAUGAUCACCUCGGUGAACGUAAAGAAAGGAGG